CCCGUUCCGAUGCCUUUGUUUGAUGUCAGUAUUCAAAUUACAAGAACCAAUAUCAAACAGGGAUAAUAUUCUGCGUUAUACCGACAAUUUACAAAAAUCAGUGUCGUUCCAUAUAGUGUUCAUAUCAUAUAAAGAAACCUAGGCAAGUUAAUGAAUGCUUAUCAAAAAGAACAAACCCUCACACCAGCUGCACACAGUACGCAACUAGUGCAAAGAAAAAUGGCGACAAUAGCUCUUGUAGUAGUCCUCAUCCACUUUGUUCUUGGUGUCUAUGGCUCAUCGUCAGACGACACUUGCAGAGAGAGGUUUGAUAAUCUGGAGAAACUAUUGCCAAACCUAAACGAAAAAUUAAAAAAAAACCAUCAAACGGACAACACCAAAUUAGACGCGAUGUUCAAAAUUAUUCAAGACGAAAAUAGUUACCUGAAAAGUAGACUGAAAUCUUUAGAAGAAAUUGUUCUUACCUCGAACCGCCGGACGGAGAAACUUGAAGCUAAAAUUGCAGAUUUACAAUCUUCGAACUGGUUUUUGAAAUCCAGAUUGAAAACAGCAAACACUGACUAUAGAUUCGAUGAGAAAUAUUCAAGUGCUUUACUUGGUAAUCUGAAAACGAAUGAUUCACGGAAAGAAAACACGACUACCGGACCAUAUACAACUAACGGCAAUGAGAUGAAGAUACAACGCCAAACGGCAAUGGUAAAACGCAAAAUUAGUCAGUUGGAGAAUACCGAGUAUAUCAAAAGAAAGACGUCUCCCGACAGAAUCCGGUCAACCUCAUUCCCAGACGGUGCUGCAUUUUCUGCAUAUGUGUCGGUCUAUGAAACGGACAUAUCUAAGGAUUUCACAAUUCACUUUGAUACCGUCGUAACAAACAUUGGCAACCAUUAUAACAAACAUACAGGAAUAUUCAUCGCGCCACAACACGGUGUUUACGUAUUUACAUGGAAUCUAUACUGUCACACUGGAGGAUACAUAUAUUCUCAGCUUGUUGUUAACUCUAAUGAAGUUGGGACUAUGUAUACAAGCGCGGAGGGUGCUACUGAUAUCAGAAGUGAUACAGGUAUUGUGGUUGUCGAGGUGAACCAGGGCGAUGUUGUUUUUGUUCGUACUCACCCUACAAUUGCUCACUCUGGAAAUCUCUGGAGUCACUCAGACUGGCGAUCAUCCUUUAAUGGCUGGAAACUGUACUGAGUAACAAUAAAAUGGAUUGUUUACAGCUAAAAUGAACUGGUGUCGCAGUAUAUGGAGAUGUUGGCCUUUUCAGAUGCAUGCAUUUAUAAGCGACAUCAUAUCAAAACUCAAACGAGAUCAGUAAUACAUGUAGUUUUCAAAUAUUUAUCAAUUAUCAUAUG